CUCAGACUGGAGAAGAUGAAUGAUUUAACAGAUGAGGAGGAGGACGGCUCAGUGUCUGCAGUCCCCAGCUGUCUGUCUCUGAAGAGUGACUGGUCUAUGCCCCAACCUCCACUCUUCAGUAAUGAACCUGGACCCUCAGACACAAAAAAGAAGAGCAAAACUCCUGUUUCUGUGGAGGAGCAGCGGUCCAGCUGUGCUUUGUGUCAGGACGUCCUGAAGGAUCCAGUCUCUACCAGCUGUGCACACACAGAUAGAGGUCUGCAGGAGGUUUUAGAUGAACAUAGGAUCAGUCUGAAGAGGAGAUGUGAACGUGUGACUGAAGGAAGUGAUGAAACAGUGAGUAAAACCCUCCUCAACAGGAUCUACACUGAGCUCUACAUCACAGAGGGACUGAGUGAAGAGGUUAAUACUCAACAUGAGGUGAAGCAGCUUGAGACAGCUUCCAAGAAAAAGAUCCUCCGUGACGCUCCAAUCAAGUGCCACGACAUCUUUAAAGCCUCACCUGACCAACAGGUACACAUCAGAGUCGCUCUGACGGUCGGCGUCGCUGGCGUUGGAAAAACCUUCUCAGUGCAGAAGUUCACUCUGGACUGGGCAGAGGGUUUGGAAAACCAAGAUGUCAGUCUGCUGAUUCCGCUUUCCUUCAGGGAGCUGAACUUGAUCAAAGCUGAGCAGUACAGUCUUCUCAGGCUGCUCCAUGUUUUCCAUCCAACCUUACAGAAGGUCACAGCAGAGACGCUCGCUGUCUGUAGCGUUUUGUUCAUCUUUGACGGCCUGGAUGAAAGCAGACCUUCACUGGAUUUCCACAACAAUGAGGUUGUGUCUGAUGUCACACAGCAGUCAUCAGUCAACGUGCUGUUGACAAACCUCAUCAGCGGGAAUCUGCUUCCCUCGGCUCUCGUCUGGAUAACUUCCCGACCUGCAGCAACCAAUCAGAUCCCUCCUGCACGUGUGGACAGGGUAACAGAAGUACGAGGCUUCACUGACGUCCAGAAGGAGGAGUACUUCAGGAGGAGAUUCAGUGAUGAAGAACGGUCCGGCAGAAUCAUCUCUCACAUCAAGACAUCCAGGAGCCUCCACAUCAUGUGUCUGAUCCCCGUCUUCUGCUGGAUCACUGCUACAGUUCUGGACCACAUGUUGACUACAGACCAGAGAGGAGAGCUGCCCCAGACCCUCACUGACAUGUACUCACACUUCCUGCUGGUUCAGACCAAGAGGAAGAAGCAGAAGUAUGAUGAGGGACAUGAGACGAGUCCACGGGAGCUGACGAAGGCUGACGGGAAACUUCUUCUGAAGCUGGGGAGGCUGGCGUUUGAACAUCUGGAGAAAGGAAACAUCAUGUUCUACCAAGAAGACCUGGAGCAGUGUGGUCUUGAUGCCACGGAGGCCUUGGUGUACUCAGGAGUUUGUACAGAGAUCUUCAAAAGAGAGAGUGUGAUCUUCCAGAAAACAGUCUACUGCUUUGUUCAUCUGAGCAUUCAGGAGUUUCUGGCUGCAGUCUACCUGUUCCACUGUUACAGCAAGAGGAACACAGAGGUACUGAAGGAACUUCCUGGGGAAGUGACUGGAAGAAUGAACUCAUCCCUGGAUGUCUUCCUGUCUGAAGCCAUGAAGAAAUCCCUCACAAGUAAGAAUGGCCACCUGGACCUGUUUGUCCGCUUUCUCCACGGCCUCUCUCUGGAGUCCAACCAGAGACUCUUAGGAGGCCUGCUGGGUCAGACAGACAACAGUCCUCAAAUGAUCCAGAGAGCCAUCAACACCCUGAAGGAGAUGAGGAGUAAAGAUACCUCUGCUGACAGAAGCAUCAACAUCUUCCACUGUCUGACAGAGAUGAAGGACCACUCAGUACAUCAGGAGAUCCAAGAGUUCCUGCAGUCAGAGAACAGAUCAGAGAAGGAACUCUCUGAGAUCCAGUGCUCAGCUCUGGCUCACAUGCUGCAGAUGUCAGAGGAGGUUCUGGAUGAGUUGGACCUGAUGAAGUACAACACGUCACAGGAGGGACGACGGAGACUGAUUCCAGCUGUGAGGAACUGCAGAAAGGCUGUGUAA